GCUGUUAAUGGAAAUAAGAUUGGUCAAAAUUUUGAUAUCAUUGAGCAAAUUGGCCAUGGUCAUUGGAGCAAAGUGUUUAAGAUUAAGAAUACACUUUUGGAUAAGUUAUAUGCGGUUAAAAUAUGCUCUAUAACAGACAUCACUGGUUUACCCACGAGAUCAGUGACACAGCACCGGGACGUACGCUAACCCUAAACAUGCAAAUGGAUUGGUGUUUGCUAUCAUUGAAGACAGCACUUAGCAAAGCGCGUGACUAUUUUGGCGUACGUCCCAAACGCCUGUUCCCACCCCUGGGUUUGUAUAUGGCAUCUGAACUACUGCUGGAACUCAUUGAAUGCGUACACUAUUUGCAUACAAGACAUUCACCCGUUAUUCACCGCAACAUUAAACCUAAUAACAUUACGAUAGCACCGGUAUUCGGUUCUCAUGGGUGCCGCUUUGUGAGACUGAGUGACUUUGAACUAGCUGUGAAUCAUAGCGAUAAUGAGCAUGGUCACUCGCCACGUGUGGCUAGUAUUAAGUAUAUGGCGCCGGAGGUUAUGGACGGCCAUACGUACGAUACGAAAGCCGAUAUGUAUAGCAUUGGUGUUACGCUUCAGGAGUUAUUCAACUUUGAUAUGAAU